AUGACAUCCGUUUCACCCUUUCAAUUACCACAUGAUUCGCAAUGGCGAUCGGACAGAUCAGAGAGAUCCGAAUCACGAGCAUCCAGUCGAUAUGUGCCACUUGAUCAUGCUGGUACCAUACGUAAUACAUUGAAUACAAUGGUGGAUAGUGUGAAUGCAACAACAGAAUUAAUCCAACGAAAGCAAAAUGAAUAUACUAUGGGAAGAAAGGCAUUUCAAACGGAAAUGGAAGUAACUGGAAGAAUGUCAGUUGAACCAACUGAUGAUACUUUACGACUUAAAUCUGUUAGCACUGAAAAUAUGCAGAAAGAACUUUCGAAGCUUAAAGAUGAUCAAAAGCAACAUGCUGUAACUGAUACUUUGGCUGCAUUGGUUUACGAUAUUGAUGCCACCGCGGAAGUAUUACGACGUGGUUCAAUGAAAAAGAAGCGAACCACUGAUGGAGAAGUAGUCACCGGUUACAAUUUACGUAUUACACCUGGACCAGAAGAACAAAUACCUAUUCCAUCACCAAAACAACAUCGUGCAGCGGAGAAUGGUUUUACGUUGGAACGAGUUUCGCAAGAUUAUGGUGUUGAUGUUUCCGAAUCACAAAUGAAUAGUAUCAAAAAGCGUGCUCGAUCUGAAACUCCACGACGAAUGAUUAAUAUUGAGAGUUCUCCAACCAGUUCACCAUCAAUUUGUGCAUUUUGUUCCGAAGAAAUAGACGGACCAAUGAUAACAGCAUUAGCACCAAAUUCAUAUUAUGCCCAAAAAUUCCAUCCGUAUCAUUUCAUGUGUACUUAUUGCCAAAAGGCACUAAAUCUACGUGGCACUUAUCGUGAACAUCAGCGAAAGCCAUACUGUCACGAAUGUUUCUACCGGUUAUAUAAUGGCCUCAUCUAUUCACCGGAUGAAAAACAAGCCCGAAUUGAAAAAUUAAUUUAA